AUGUUAGAAGGUGCCAAGGCAGCCACAGAAACAGUUGAUGCAUUGAGAGUUGGAGCAGCUACUAUGAAGGCUAUGCAAAGCAACGAUGCUCAUUGUCAAAUUAUUGAAUUGCAAUAUUAUUCUGCAGCAACAUUGAUGAUGUUGACAAGACCAUGGAUGAGAUCAAUGAGCAGACUGAGAACAUUGGAAGCAGAACUUGAAGAGCUAGAAGGUGCUCAGUUGGAAGAACAACUUCUUCAGCCUGCAACUACAGCUCCCGUAGCUCCUGUGCAUGUGCCAGCUGGGCGGCAACCUAAUCGCCCUGUUCCUGCAAAGCCUACUGCUGAAUUGGCAGCUUUGCAGGCAGAGAUGGCUCUUUGA